GCCAUGUCCUGCUGCAAGCCCUGUGACCCUUGCUGCCAGCCCUGCGGCCCCUGCCCGCUGGCCAGCAGCUGCAAUGAGUGCUGUGUCAGGCAGUGCCAGAGCUCCCACGUCAUCAUUGAGCCGCCUGCUGUGCUGGUGACCCUGCCCGGCCCCGUCCUCAGCUCCUUCCCACAGAACACUGCCGUGGGAUCCUCCACCUCUGCUGCUGUUGGCAACAUCCUCAGCUGUGGAGGAGUGCCCAUCACCUCUGGCAGCUUUGACAUCUCCUGCAUCACCAACUGCUAUGGUGGCAGCAGAUGCCGGCCCUGCUAAAUCUGCUGGCAACAUCCUCGGGCAACAGUCUCCAAGACCUCACAACAAGGCUCUGGCCAGGAG